GUUAGUGGGAAAAGAACAACACGUGUCAACAUUACAUUUGCUAAUUGAAAAAACCGCACUCUCUCCGGUCGCAGAGAAAGCAUCAAAGUUUCCACACAAAAUUCCUUGAAAGACUCGGGUAUAUUCUUAGGCAACAUGCUGGUUGACGUUCUUAUUCAAGCGUGAAAAAUGGCUCUUGUGACAUUUCUUUCUUUCCUCCUCCUUCUACUCUUUCUUCAAAAACCAACGACUGCUCACACUUGUUCAACAUCAUGCGCGGGCCGUGAACCAGAAGUUAAAUUUCCUUUCGGGCUGAACGCUAAUGGCAGCCGCAAUGGUCAUUGCAGCUAUCCGGGCUUUGGUCUUUCCUGCAGCAACAAAACAGGAGGACUAGUCCUUAAUCUUCUGGAAUCCGUAGAAUUCACCGUCAAAUACAUCGAUUACGAGGCCCAACAGAUACUGAUCGACGAUCCUGAUAACUGUCUCUCUAAACGGUUCUCGCGGUCUUUCGAUGAAUCGGGAACUCCCCUUCACUCAGAAUCCAGUUAUACCUUCACGUUCUUAAAUUGCUCUGAUAGCGAAGUAGCAGCUAGGUUGUGGACAAUCCCAUGCCUUAGCAAUCAGAAUUAUUCGGUUGUGGCUUUACAGACAAACUCUUCAGUGGAUUCUUUCAAUAGUUUACCGUAUUCAUGUCACCUUAUAAAUACCGUCACAAUUCCAUUUGAUUUGUAUAGAUGGACGGAGGGAGGCUGGUUAGAAUGGUACAAACCGGAUUGUAGGUCAUGCGUUGAACGUCAAGGGGAUUGUGGGUUCAAGAAUAGAACUAGUCAGGAAAUUGGGUGCUUUAUUAAUCUGCCAAGCCAAGGUGGUCUUCCAAGGGGUGCCAAGUAUGGAAUUACAAUUGGCGUUGGAAUUCCGGGUUUCCUGUGCCUAAUUGGGCUCGUUUCGUUCGUUGGUAGCCGAGUGACAGCUUUGGUACGUCGACGCAACCUCCCCAGCUUCGAAUUCUCCACAUCAAUCUCCCCUUCACUGGCUAUUUUUGUGGCAGGACUCGACGGACCAACUAUUGAAUCCUACCCCAAGACUAAGCUCGGUGACAGCGGGCGUCCUCCUAAGCCUAACGAUAGCACUUGCCCCAUAUGCUUAUCAGAGUACCAGCCUAAGGAGACAUUAAGAACUAUACCGGAGUGUAACCAUUACUUCCAUGCCAAUUGCAUAGAUGAGUGGCUAAAGAUGAAUGGUUCAUGCCCUUUGUGUCGUAAUUCACCCGGUGAAUCUGCUGGAAUGACCCCAUCUAUAUCUUCCUCUUCAUCAUCAGCUUCUCUCUUACCAUCAUAGACAAAUUCUAUUACAUGCCAUUUAUCAGCUCCUGUGUAUAAUGUAUGUAGUUUUGGGAAUUUCCUGCUGUGUGCUUGAUGGAUUUUUGUAUUUUGUCAAACAAACAAAUUUCUCGUUUCAGAACAUUAAUUGCAACAGUGUUUGUCAAUUGUCUUUGAUUUAACACAAAUUUGAAAUU